CGAUCUAGAAAACCACGCCUCCAAAGUCCCGUCCUUAUCAUAUUUCACUUAUUAUUCCAUGCAUAUAUAAAUACUACAUACAUAUACAUAAUUCACUUAAAUUAUUCUCCUAACAGACUCACUUGUUUUUUUACCAGAUGGAUAAAAACCAUUUUACUGUUUUACUCUUUGUUUCUACAAUAUGCAUUCUUUUAAUUCCACAUUUUCAUGGAGGAUUGGUCAUGGCAAAAGGCACCCAAGAUGGUUCAGAACAUUGGGGUUAUGUUGAAGUCAGACCCAGAGCCCAUAUGUUCUGGUGGUACUAUAAAAGUCCUUAUAGAAUUGAAGAUCCAAACAAGCCAUGGCCAAUUAUUCUUUGGUUACAAGGUGGACCUGGUGCUUCAGGGGUUGGAAUAGGAAACUUUGAAGAAGUAGGACCAUUGGACACUUUGUUAAACCAAAGAAACUCAACAUGGCUCAAAAGGGGAGAUCUCUUAUUUGUGGAUAAUCCAGUUGGAACUGGAUACAGUUUUGUGGAGGAUAAAGAGUUAUUGGUGAAAACUGAUGUAGAGGCUGCAAGAGAUUUAACUACAUUGUUGAUUAAAAUAUUUAAUAGAAAUGAGACACUCCAAAGAAGCCCUCUCUACAUUAUUGCAGAGUCUUAUGGAGGUAAAUAUGCAGUAACUCUUGGAUUGACAGCUCUUAAAGCCAUUAAAGCUGGAAGGUUGAAGCUCACUCUUGGAGGAAUUGCAUUGGGAAAUAGUUGGAUGUCACCAUUUGAUUUUGUGGCUUCAUGGGCUCCUCUGCUGAAAGAUCUUUCAAGGAUAGACACCAGUGGCUUAAAGAAGUCAUAUAGUCUAGUUAAAAAAAUAGAGCACCAAAUGAGUAAAGGACAAAUGAAAGAGGCCACUAAAACAUGGGGUGAUCUUGAAGGAGUGAUCAUGGACACUAGUAACUCUGUUGAUUUCUACAACUUCUUGUUGGAUUCGGGGAGUGGUGGAGGGUCAAAUAUGAUAACGACUGAACUAUCGAGAAAAACCCCAACGAACAUAUACUCACGAAAUCUUGAUUCUUUGAGAGUUUCUCGAGUUUUGCCUGGUGGAGAGGGUGAUCUAGACACUUUGAUGAAUGGUGUCAUUAAAAAGAAAUUGAAGAUUAUCCCAAAAGAUGUAACAUGGGGAGGGCAAGCAGAUCUUGUUUUUGAGUACUUAUCAGGCGAUUUCAUGAACCCAAGGAUCAAUGAGGUCGAUCAACUCUUGAAUGCCGGAGUUAAUGUGACAGUGUAUAAUGGUCAACUUGAUCUUAUAUGUGCAACAAAGGGAGCUGAAGCAUGGGUUGAAAAGCUCAAGUGGGAAGGGCUAAAUACAUUCUUGAGCAUGGAUAGAACUCCAAUGUAUUGUGGAGGUGACAAAAAAACAAGAGGCUUUGUCAAAUCCUAUAAAAACUUUCACUUUUAUUGGAUUCUUGAAGCUGGUCACUUUGUGCCGGUCGAUCAACCAUGUGUAACAUUGGACAUGGUGGGUAAUAUCACUCAGUCGCCGUUAACAACUUAUUAACUGACGACAAGGGAAAGAAGAAGAAACGAAUAAAGAUAAGGACGUGAGAAGAAGCCAUUAAUUUAAAAGAAAUUUAGAGCACAAUUGUAUUGUUAAUUGAGAUUUUUUUUCUUAAUAGAACAUUUGGAUUUAUUUUAAUCAUAUAAAUAUCCCAAACAUCAUAUUCUUAAA